UUUGGCAAAUUUAGCUAAGCUUACUAAAGUUUUCAAGCAAAAUAAAGCAUUUUACUUAAUGUCCAAUUUACAGCGGGUCAUGAUGAAGUCCCGUCUGCCACCAAUGUGUCCAAAUCCUAAAUUUCCCAAGCCAUCAGACCGUGGUUUUCGCCGACAAACGGACUAUAAUCCGAUAAUGUGGAGUGAAUAUUUUGCUGAACAACGAGAUGUUGAAACCAAACAGGGAAAGUUCCGAGUCUAUCUCUCGGGGCAACCAGAUAUACCGGGACCAUUACUUGUGAUGCUGCAUGGUGGUGGUUUCUCGGCUCUAUCGUGGGCUCACUUUAGUAUGGAAAUUACAAAAAUAAUACACUGUCAAUGUUUAGCAAUCGAUAUACGAGGUCAUGGCGAUACCUCUACCAUAAAUGAAGACGAUUUAUCUGCGGAAACUUUGGCACAAGAUAUUGGAGAUGUUUUGCAAAGCAUGUAUGGUGAGUCGUGCCCACCGGUAAUUCUUAUAGGGCAUUCAAUGGGAGGAGCGAUUUGUGUUCAUGUAGCAAACAUGAAUGUGGUCAGUUCCCUUAUUGGAGUUGUCGUGAUUGACGUUGUCGAGGGAACCGCGUUGGAAGCCCUGGCCAGUAUGCAGAGCUUUUUGCGGUCACGCCCAAGCACAUUUAAAAGCAUUCAACAUGCAGUUGAGUGGAGCGUAAGGAGUGGCCAGAUUCGAAACAUCGACUCCGCACGAGUGUCGAUGCCAGGGCAGAUUGUAAACAUUGAGACUGGAAAACUUUCUACUAAUGAGCUUCCUUUGCCUGAGGAAAGCACGGAAGUACGAACACGAUUCAGCAAUCCAAACGCUAUAGCAGAGGAUACCGAAACUGCCGCUCCUAUGGCUGCGCCUUCUGUUUCAACAUCAGCUGCCGUCAACAUGAAAAAGUAUACGUGGCGCAUCGAUCUAUCGAAAUCUGAAAUCUACUGGGAAGGCUGGUUCCAAGGUCUUAGUCAAAAGUUUUUAGAUGUAACGGCUCCUAAACUGCUGCUUCUUGCCGGCAUUGACAAUCUCGAUCGGGCGUUAACUGUUGGUCAGAUGCAAGGAAAAUUUCAAUUGCAAGUGUUGGCUCGUUGCGGUCAUGCUGUCCAUGAAGAUCGUCCGCACGAAGUGGCUGAAGUUAUUGGUACGUACCUACUAAGGAACAAGUUUGCUGAACCAGCUGGUGAUGGACAAUUUUUGAAGCACAUGCCAGCUUGCUAAAUAGAUUAACUUUAAUCAUAUACCCAUAGUGGCAUACCUAACUAACCGAUAAGGAGUGUUCUCAUUUUUUUCUUCAGACUAUGUGUAGGUUUUAUUUAAUUUGAAGUGAAUAAGUUUAAACUUUUGUAACAUUAAUUUAUUUGCAUAGCGCUCGAUUUCGAUCCAGAGUUUUGAUAAACAAUAAAGAUCUUGUUGUCGCUGCUUAAUUUUUCUACCGCGUGUAAAUUCUAGACUGAAUUUUUGA